AUGUAUUUUGUGAUUUCUACCUUACUUUUUACAAUUUUGGAUACACGAGUAUCUGGGAAUGACAAUGUAUCAAUGCUGCUACUGACAAAUACGAAUGUCCAAAAUCCUGGUAUCCACAUGAGAUUAAUGUCUUCUGGUCUCGCAUACCUACGUGAAAUAGGCAUGAAAAUUGUGAACGAUGAAAUAUUGCGAAUUCAAUUACCGACUAUUACACAACUUAUUGAAGCUGGUCAGGUUUCGAUAUAUGAUACAUAUGUUUCAAAGUAUUGGUCACCAUCGGAGUACAGUCUGGAAUUAUCACCACCAGAUAUGUUUACAUGGUCAAUGGCUAAAAUGCAUAUCAGAGCAGGAGGCGAAUUCGAAGCAAUAUUCACUGGACCAUUUCUGAUUCCAGCAGUACCGAUUCGUGGACAAUUUGAAACUUUAUUCGGUCAUGUAAGCUUAACAAUGGCUGUCAGAUUAGCUAAAACGAGAGCUGGUGCUCCAAUGGUGCAAUCUACGUAUUGCCGGGCUAAUGUUGGCUAUGUUGAUUUAAAUGUCCGAAACACUGGAGUUAUCACAGAUUUCUUUAUCAACACUUUCAAAGCUUUCAUAAUCGCUCAUUUCAAACCAAUUGUAGAGGAUCGUAUAUGCCAAAUGAUAAAGAAUAUGAUUAAUAAAGAUAUGAAUUACAUAUUAGCAACAAUGCCUCUUCAGAUACCUAUCAACGAAAAUUCGGUCGAUAUAUUUGGAAUAUCUUUUGAUUUGCCAGCAAGAAAAUCGCUUAGCAAGUUCGGCGAAAUUGGCGCUAAAAAUAUUACUUUAUUAAACAUUAUUAAUCAUUUACGACAGAAAAGUCUUAUCUUGGACUACCGACUCAUUCAUGACCCACUCAUCGCACAUGGGACUAUUGAGAUGUUAUCACGGGGUGAAAUUUCUUGGAAUGGUUACGGAGGGACUCCUUUUCAUCCUCCGAAUAUAUACAUUCCUCCACCAAAUGGUGUUCAUAUGGCGGAAUUUAUCGCAACAGAUUACAUAGUCAAUUCGCUAUUGUUUCAUGCAUAUAAACAAAAAUACAUGGAUUUUAUCGUUGGUCCUGAAUCUAGUCCAGAACUUAAAACCCUUCUGCUGACCACUUGUGAGAGUGGCUAUUGCAUUGGUGAAUACCUUGGUGAACUGUCUCGUCAGUUCCCGGAUCGCGAAGUUGAGAUCCAUUUUUCGACCAGAAAGUCACCAUUGCUUGUUUUUGUGGAAAAUCGAGCACGAUUUCGACUUUAUGGCAGUAUGAAUAUGUUUGUUAGACCGCGAAAUUCGACGCAGUUCAAACUAAUGGUGAGUUUGUGCCUAACACGUGGUCAAUGGAUCAUAAGAGCUGAUACGAAGAUGACAUCCAGCAUUAAUUUAUGGUUAAAUCGAACAAUGAUCAUCGGAAAUGUCUCGAUCGAAAAUUUAGACUUCAAAUUGCUUGAAUCUCGUGUUCGUGAUGUCGAUCAAGCAACAUUUGGUGAUCUCGGGCUUUUUGGUGCUGAAUUCUUGGAGCAGUUACUUACUGAUAUCCUGCGAGUGGGUAUCAUUGUACCAACUAUGAGAGGAAUCAUCUUAAAAAAUCCCAAGUUGUCAUUGCACGAUCGCUAUCUGAAAUUACAAACAUAUUUUCGACUGGAUGAAGAAUUCGCUAGUAAGCUUAUUCAGGGUGCUGUAAAGCAAACAUUCAAAAGCAUAAGCAACACCGGUGGUUAA